AUAUAUAUUUAUUAAAAAAAUAGAAUUUUUUUAUCGUUUCUCAGUCACCACUUAAAGGAGACAGCAUAAGGAAUUCAUCUUAUUACUAGUGGCAUUUCAAUAUUUAUGAAAUUUGAAAAUUGUAGCUGCAGUUCUGAUUCAUGGAUCGUCAAAGAAAACAGAGAAAAUAGGAUCUUCCGAAGGGGCAAGUUUGGGCAGAUUUGAAGACUGAUACGAAAACAGGAGCUGAAAAUAUAAUGGUGAACAAAACAGCUGGUUCCUGCUCUCACAGAACUUAAGGUUUAGUGAGGAAGAUAAAACCAAACAAGCAAGUAACAGAAGACCUGUCUGAGAUGUGGUGGUUUCAGCAAGGCCUCAGUUUCCUGCCCUCCGCCCUGGUCAUUUGGACGGCCGCUGCUUUCAUAUUUUCGUACAUUACUGCCAUCAUUCUCCACCAUGUUGACCCUGCGUUGCCUUACAUCAGUGACACUGGUACCAUCGCUCCAGAAAAGUGCCUGUUUGGGGCAAUGUUAAAUUUCGCCGCAGUUUUAUGCGUUGCUACCAUUUAUGUUCGUUAUAAGCAAGUUCAGGCUCUGAAUCCCGAAGGGAAAUACAUCUCCAAGUUAAACAAGGCUGGCUUCGUACUUGGAUUGCUGAGUUGUUUAGGACUUUCUUUUGUGGCAAAUUUCCAGAAAACAACCUUUUUUGCCGUGCAUAUAUGUGGAGCUGUUCUCACCUUUGGUAUGGGCUCAUUGUAUAUGUUUGUCCAGACCGCCCUUUCCUACCUAAUGCAGCCCAAAAUUCAUGGCAAACAGAUCUUCUGGAUCAGACUACUGCUGGUCAUCUGGUGUGGAGUGAGCGCAUUUAGCAUGCUGACUUGCUCCUCACUCCUGUACAGUGGCCAUUUUGGCUCAGAUAUAGUACAGAAACUCCACUGGAAGCCCGAGGAUAAAGGCUAUGUGCUUCACAUGAUUACUACCGCAGCAGAAUGGUCUAUGUCAUUGUCCUUCUUUGGUUUUUUCCUGACUUAUAUCCGUGAUUUUCAGAAAAUUUCUUUGCGAGUGGAAACCAAUUUACAUGGAUUAACCCUCUAUGACACUGUUCCUUGUCCUAUUAACAACGAGCAAACACACCUACUUUCCAGAGAUGUAUGAUGAAAAGAUGAAACAUGCGAUGAUUAUGAUUCUCAGGGAUUGGGAAGACGUUCAUAAGUUACUACUACUGAUCUGAAAUUUUCCACCAAUUAAGGCUGACAGUGACAUUAAUGGGUCCUGAUAACCAAGAAUCAUGAAGUAAGCCAAUUUAUAAAUUAUUUCAAGGGAUAUAUUCAAGUGGAUCAUGUAAAACCAUUUCUGCCUAUACUUUUUUUACUCGCAGGAAAUAAAACCAAAGGACAAUAGCACUAGAUUUUUUUUCUACUUUAUUGAAGUGAAACACCAGAAGUGCACUGAACCGUCCGCAGAAUCCAGCAUUUCACGUUUUAGAAAUUAUUGUAAAGCAUGUUUUGUUUGGAGCACUUAGGCAAGUCAUUUUCCAGGACACCAAGUGAUCAGCAUUGCUCAGCAGCUCCUUUCAAAUUGGGUUUUGCAGUAAUAGUUUUACCCUAUUAAUACAUUUCUUACAGUCUUUUAAAAAAUCUUUUUCUGGAAUUCACCAAUAAAGGGAAGCAGACCUGAGUUCAUAUACCAUCUGUGGUUAGUUUUAGUGGUAUUGAAUUGAUGCCUGCCACAAAGCCAGAUAUGAUGCUAACUGGUUUGUCACACAUGGUUAUAAUAAUUUCAUGAAGCUUAGUCUCUGAUAAGAGAUUUUAAUUAAAACUGAGAGAAGCAGCUAUAGUUAAAUUUAUGCCAAUCAUGUUUUGCAUAAAACGAAGGUUAGUGUUCAUUCAUGAAUCUGAGGACUUUGUGAAUAACGGCAGAUAUCAUUAAUAAUAGUUACCUUAAACUACAGUCAAGAACUUUUUAUAGAUUUUUCUUUAUAGCAAAUUAUAAUUACUUGUAAAAGUAGCCUUGAGCAGGCAAAUAUUGAACCUUUUUACUGGGAUGUGAUGUUUGUAGAAAUCAGAUUCUAAAGGACAAAAUGAGCAACUUGAAAAAAUUA